UUUGGAAGAAGAGUGUGAGUCUUCUCUUUGCACAGCUGCUUUAAGAACUAGAAAUAUGGAGCUCCACAGAGACAUGAAGAGGUUGACUGCAGUCUUUGAGAAGCUGCAUACGUACGUUAGUCUUCUUGCAUUACCAAGUACAAAACCAGAAGGACUACUUAAGACAAAUUACAACUUGGUGUUUACAAAUAUUGCUGCAAGUCUUCAUGGAUUUCAUGAUAUUUUAAAAGAUAUUUCCAAGCAUUACAGUCAGAAAGCUACUUUAGAACAAGAUGUUCCAACUGCCACACAGAAACUCAUAACUACAAAUGACUGUAUUUUAUCCUCUGUUGUGGCUUUAACAAAUGGAGUGGGCAAGAUUGCCUCGUUCUUUAGCAACAACUUAGAUCACUUCACUACUUCAUUGAGCUAUGGCCCUAAAGGAGGAACAGAGUUCAUCAGCCCUCUUUCAGCUGAGUGUAUGCUGCAGUACAAGAAAAAGGCGGUUGCUUACAUGAAGUCUUUGAAGAAGCCCUGUGCAGAUUCAGUGCCUUAUGAAGAGGCUUUAGCCAAUCGCAGGGUUCUUCUGAGUUCCACAGAAAGUAGAGAAGGUCUUGCACAACAGGUCCAGCAGAGUUUGGAGAAAAUUGCAAAACUUGAACAAGAAAAAGAACACUGGAUGUUGGAGGCCCAGCUAGCUAAAAUAAAGCUAGAGAAAGAAAACCAAAAACUGAAGAACUCUCUUAGUGGACAUUUAACUGAAACUAUACAAGAGCGUCCUGUUUUGCCAAAUGUGUCUGAACAAAAGAAGGAAACUACAGAAAAGAGUCUGAGGGAACCUAUUAAGAGUACUAGUCUGAUUGGAAUGCUGACUGUAACUACUGAUAAUGAAAAGGCUCCAGAUGUUGAGUCUCGUGAAGACCUGAUAAAAAACCACUAUAUGGCAAGGAUAGCAGAACUUACAUCUCAUCUGCAGCUUGCUGACAGCAAAUCAGUACACUUUCAUGCUGAGUGUCGAGCACUUGCUAAAAGACUGUCUUUAGCAGAGAAGUCCAAGGAAUCGCUUGCAGAAGAGUUGAAACUAGCUAGUCAAAACAUCAGUAGAUUACAGGAUGAACUGAUGACGACAAAGAGAAGUUACGAGGAUCAGUUAAGUAUGAUGAGUGACCAUCUCUGCAGUAUGAAUGAAACCUUAACUAAACAAAGGGAAGAAAUUGAUACACUAAAGAUGACUAGUAAGGGAAAUUCUAAAAAGAACAAAAAUCGAUAGCUUACGGCUAACCAGCUGUCUUCGGAAGCUGCUGCUGCACAGGAUGGAGAUAGUGAAUGUUCAUUGUCCAAUUCCUGUUUCUUCCAGGAAGCAGAGGGUGGUAUUGGGUCUAGUAAAAACUGAUUUGGUGUGUAAAUGGCUUUAAAAUAUUUAGAACUUGUAACAGAUAAAACAGAACUUAAUGUUGUCUCUAAACCAGGAAAUACACACUCUGUGGAUAAUUUAUAUAGUAAUUACCUUCAGUUUUUACUGUGCACUUUUUAAAACCAGGUUUUAAUUUCAUGUAAUAACUUCAGAUUUUGUAUAUUUUCAAAUAUGAUUAUGCAUUAACAAAUUUGGAUCAGUGCAGUAGUUGUCUAUUUAAAUUGUCAACAUGCGUACAUUCCUUUACUUGUUAAUAACAGUUUAAAAAUCGGUUUUGAGACAUUUUUGGCCAUGCAAGCUGUGCAGUUACUGUAAAUGUAGUAUUCCUGUUCUCAGCCCUCUUGAAUUAAUUGGAAUUGUGGCUUUAAAUGAUUUCUAUAAAUUCACACAAGUAAAUGGGAUCAUUAUUGUAUUUUAGACUGCAAUAGUGGAAACUUCUGCUGCUUGAUUUUGGCACUUUGGAUUUUGAAGUAAAGAGCACAAAUAGCUGAAUUGGGAUUCUUCUGUGAAAUUGCUUUAAGCCCUUACUUAGGCGUUUUGUUUACACAUACAUGUAUAUAAACUGGUUGAAGUAGCUGUUUAAAGCUAGAGGAAAUUGUGAUCGUAAUUUGCCCCAAAAGAAUGAAACAAUAAGUGUGUAGAAUAGAUCAGCUUACUGUGCUCUCUUACAGUAAAGAGUAUGAAAUAUGUAGAAGAUUUUUAAACACUGAAUCUGCAAAAAGUCUUCAUGGAAUUAAGUCCUGAUGGAUUCACUGGGGGGAUGCACAUGACUUUUCCUGUGUUUUGGGAAGUUUGUG